CGGAGACGAGGGGCGAGGGGCGAGGGCAAACAAACGACGGGAAUGCAGGAGCCCCGGGUGGCCGGGUGGUGCGAGACGCUGGGCUGUGGGUUUUGGUGGGCAAUCCGGACGUUUCGGUCUCGUGGUAGUGAUUUUUGGUGUUGCGUGACGACAUGUCUUGAACUAUGAUGGGGUCUGGCAUACCGAAACGGCACGCUGAGGGUGGAUGAUCCAGGCAUAGUGGAUGGAAUGGAUGCGGUGUGCGAGUGUUUGUCAGAGAGUGUGUGCGACGGUGUGUGUGAAGGCAUAAUUCGGGAGGAGGUGGUGUUGUUGAAUCCCGGGCUGGGUGGGCUGGAUGUGACAGAAGGUGUCUGCACUCUGCAGUGGACGGUUGUAGUGAUCUCAGGGCAGGCAAAGUGCCAUGGCUCCCAGUACAGAGUGCAACCAACACCACCACGCCUCUGUCCCGUGCAGCACGGCUCGCUGGAAAUGAGAUUUCAUGCACACGGCAUGAACAGCAGCGAGACGGUGAUAGGCGGCGAGAUAGUAUUGUCUCGGGCCAGGCACCUGGGAUCCAAUGUUUGGGAGGCAGUGCGAGACGAGACGGCAGGGCGGCGAUCAGAAUUGCAUGACUCUUGGAGUCUUGGAGCUGACGCAAGGUGCAGAGACCAGCUCAUCGUCAAUCGUCGAUCUGAGGCAUCGCCAUCUGCCCCCUCCAAAUAUUCGCGCCAACGUCCGCCGUUUCGCGUGAGGACCCCUUAUCAUUAUAUUCGGGGUUGUAUUACGCUUAUUGCUGUAGUAGUCUGGCGGAGGCGCCGGCCCUAGCAGCGGUAGCAUCGAAAUUUGGGAUGCUGUGGAAAGACGCCAUCUCCGUGUCCUGGUGGACGACGGCGUAUUUUUUUGGUCCGACACAGUAAACAAACAACAAUAGAGAGACAACAUACGGGGCCUUGUCCUGGUUGUUUAUCCAAGCUUCCCCCUCGUCCAGGUCGGUGAGACACGGCAUGGGCCCUUAAGCGAACCGUAGACACUCAAAUCUCCUAGAAUCUCACGCACCGACCAAGGGUGGCGGUCGCCAAAAGAUGGAGUGCCGUCGAGGCGCAAGACGU